CAGCAUCAUCUACGCACUGUCGCUCGCUCUUAACGGAGCCGGUCCCUCCUCCAACACCCAUUCCGAGAUCCUGCGCGCCAUCACAACCGCCUCACACCUGCAACCGCAACAACAGCAACCGCAGCAGCAACCGCAGCAGCAGCAGCUCUCCGAGGCCGAUCUGAACUCCUUCCUGGGGACCACCAUGUCGCUCCUGAACGGCCAGUGCCCAGCCGCCCUCAACCCUGCAGCAGCAGCAGCAGACGGCACCGGCAGUCAAGCGGCGGCAGGGGAGGCGGCUGCAGCAGGUGGUGAGGCCGGCAGCAGCAGCAGCAACAGCAGCGGCCCCGGCGGCAGCUCCGAGCUCAUCCUGGCCAACAGCAUCUGGACUGCUCCCGGCACGCAGCUCAAGUCGGGGUACGUGGAGGAGAUGCGGACGCUGUACCAGGCGACUGCCCGGGAGGCCGCUGGGGGCGCGGGGGAGGUGAACGCCUGGGUGGCGGGCGUCACGCGGGGGCUCAUAAAGCAGCUCAUCCCCAACGACAACUUCGACGCCAUCCUCGCCAACGCCAUCUACUUCAAGGGGCUGUGGGCGUCCGCAUUCAAACCCCACCUCACCCAGCCCGGCGACUUCUCCACCUCCCGCGGCACCACCGCGCGCGUCAGCAUGAUGCAGCAGACCUUCGAGCCGCGGCACAACAUCAUGUCAGCGCGCAAGGAGGGGGUGUACGACGCAGUCUCGCUGCCGUACCGGGGCGGCGACUUCAGCGCGGUGGCGCUGCUGCCGGCGCCGGGCGUGGAGGUGGCGGCGGCGCUGCGGGAGUGGGCCGCGUCGGGGCCGCAGGCGCUCAAGCGGGUGGGUCAGCUGCGGGUGGUGCUGCCCAAGUUCAAGGUGUCCUCCUCCAUGUCGGUCACGCCGCUGCUGGAGCAGCUGGGCGUGCAGGCGGCGUUCGGGCCUGCCGCGGACUUCAGCCGCAUGACAGAGUCCCGCCUGCACAUCAGCGACGUGGUGCACAAGGCGGUGGUGGAGGUGGACGAAGAGGGAACGGUGGCAGCCGCGGCAACCGCCGUCAUUAUGCUGACGUCGGUGCCCAUGCCGCCGCCCGAGCUCGUCUUCAACCGCCCGUUUGCGUUCAUGAUUUACCACAACCCGACCAAGCUGCCCAUCUUUACGGGCGUAGUGAAUGACCCCAGCGCGACCUAAGCAGCCUACUUAAGGGCUGUUUUGGAGGUGGACGAGGAGGGCACCCUUGCAGCGGCGGCCGCAGCGGUCAUCAUGAACAGGGCGAUGCCGCUGCCGCCGCCCGAGCUGGUCUUCGACCGCCCCUUCGCCUUCAUGGUCUACCACACCGCCACCAGCCUGCCGGUGUUUGUGGGCGUGGUGCAUGACCCCAGCGCGGCCUGAGAGGGCACAUGAUGACGUGUGCAGCAGGCCCAGCAGCUGUGCGGCAAUGAUGGAUUUGCGUGUAGAUGUCGGAUGCAGGGCAAUGUG